UUUCCCAUAUGAGCAAAGUUCUACUCCGUAUGAUCUUGCUAUAUUGUGCAAAGGAAAUGAUAGUUUAACAGUGAUUAUAUUGGCACUUGUCCUUAUUCGGAUGAGUUACAUCCAGACAAAGCUGCUGUUGGUAGUAAUUGAGAUGUAGUUGUGCUUGUGCUUCUGGUGCCACAAGCAGAUGUAGUUAAGAGGUGGUGAUGGUGGAAGUUUCUGAUGAGGCAAGUUUUGUUCUGAUGCUUCGAGCAAUGUGUCACUAAGUUGGAGAGAAAAACCGUGUGAGAAAAGCUCUACUCCACAUGAUAUCUUGCGAUAUUGUGCAAGGGAAAUGCAAAAUAAGACAUUCGAUAAACUUUUGUGCUGUUCCCAUAGGAAAACAGUUCUAUGAUUGCUUGUGGUGAUAGUUUAACACUGAUUAUGUUGGCACGUGUUUAUUCUGAACGGUUUAUAUCCAGGCAAAGCUGCUGUUGGUAAUAAUUGAAGUAGCUGUGGUUGUACUGCUGGUAGCACAAAUAGAUGUAGUUUUAACUAUAUCUACGGGUGGCACCUCUAAAAGAGGUGGUGAUGAUAGGAGUUUCUGAUGUGGCAUGUAUUUUUUCGAUGCUUAGAGCGACGAGUCACUGAUCUGGAGACAAAAUUUCAGAGAUGCAUCUUUAAUUCGCGCUAGUUGAAUACACUUCAUCCUUACUGCCUCUUUCUGACAGCCUCUUUCUCGUCUGAUGAACAUACUGGUAAGAGAAGCAUUAAUUCAUGUUGCUUUAUCCUAAGAAAAUUUGGAUAAGCUUUUUAGCAUCGAUUUUUAACAAGGCUGUGGGGCAAGUGACCUAUACCUAGUAAUUCAAGUUACCUAUGAGGCUGCUUGAUGUCUGGUCAGAACUUAAUGAGAACACACCUGGUUCUCCUCAGGAGGUGAUUAACGAAAUUACAUGGAAUGAUAAGGAUAUUUGUAUAGACGUUCUUACACUUGAUUCAAACACUUGGGAGUUUCUGGACAAAAUUUUGAAUUGCCUUGUUUUACAGAAGAAAAACUUUAAAGCUAUGGCCCAACUACCUCCCCUAGCUACACCCUCCGUCAGCAGACAGCAGAGUCCAUCAAGCAUUUGCUUUUUCUUGCAAAAUAUCAUCUUAAUUCUGUAAACAUGUCCUGUCCUGGCUUAAGGUGAACUGUACUAAUGUUGAAAAGCUAACGUCAUGUAAUAUAAUUUUUGGUAAAGAAGAUUUGACUUUUAUUAAUCAUAACUUGUUAGUAGGGAAAUACCAAAUAUACCCUAAAAGGUACAUAACUAAAAUAAUCUCCCCACAUUUCAAGGUUUCGAUUCAUUGCUCGGACCAGAACUAUUUACAAAAUUGAACUCUAAAUUGCCUGGGAGAAGUAAAAAGUUGUAAAAGCAUUUUACAAGAUGAGAAAACUACUUAAAGCAAUGGCCUUAGACAGGUGGAGGUAGGGAAAAAAGAGACCAACAAAAAAGAUGUAAAAUUCAACAUAUGUAAUUUUAGCAGCUUCGUGUCGUUCAUUCUCUGUGUUGUCUUGUUAACUUAAUGCAAGCUCUAAGAGGGUGAAAACAAAUAUAUUUUUUUUAUCUUAAGGAAGGGAAGAGUUUGGACUUUGUAUAUCUUGAAGAGGUUUACAAAGUCCAAAUCUUUUAAAACUUUGUGUUGGAAAUCGAAUUCUUUGGCGUCCCUUGCAGUUACGGAACAGCUACAUUUUGUAAGGUACUGAUAUUGGCUGCAGCAGAACAAAACAGGUCAAAGUGCAUCAGAUCUAAAGAAAUGCUAAUUUGACACGAAUAACUUACUUAAUAGGCCAUUCUGUAAAGGUCAAAUUCAUGGCUGCAGUUCCGCUGCCAUUUGCUUCAACAAAAGAAACAACCAACUAUGCCAGGCUGUGCCGUUUGAUGGUGGAUGUGGGAUCACAGGUGCUGAGAUCCACUUUUGACAAAAUACAUCCACCAGCGACUCUACCCGCAGUUUUGGGUAAAGCCUCUGUGCACUACGCCACUUUGCAGUCAUUGUACAAAGGGAAGAAGAAGGUGCUGAAUCCCACUCAAUGGGGUAAGCUGUAUCCUGCUCAUUCACCUGUGUCAUCAGCAACCUUUGAAAUCACACUCCUAACAGUGCUGCUCAGAAAUAUCUGUGGCUUGAGCCCCCCUGCCACAGGAUGGGAUCAUCUUCCCCCAGCUGCAAACACAAGCAUCGCAGAUGACAUCGCUAGAAUAAAGUAUUACAGGAACACUGUAUACGGCCAUGCCUCUCAAGCCUCUGUAGAUGACAUCAGUUUCAAUUCUUACUGGCAGGAAAUACGAGAAGCUUUGGUGAGGCUGGGAGGAGCUCAUUUCCGAGUUGAUAUCGACAAUCUUGAGCGUGACUGCAUGGAUCCGGAUAUCGAAGAGCACUAUCGUGAACUGAUGAAACAAUGGAAGAAAGACGACGACAGCAUCAAGAGCAAACUUGUAGAAUUUGAAGGGAUCAUGCAAGACUCCGUAGAAAAAAUAAAGAGUGAAUUAAAAGACGUAAAAGAUAAGCUGGAUUUACUGACUGCCUCGGCUGAAAAAAACAAAGAUGAAGGUUAUUUUGAUCCAACUGAACUUAUCAACGGGAUUCGCCAACUAUACAAGACUCGCGAGGGAUGGCUUUCACCAUUUCCAUGGUGUGAAGAGUUUCAGUUUUUUGUGAGUGAUAUUUUUACAAGGCUCAAAGUUGUCAGAAGAAAGAAAACGAGAGGAAAUGUUACUAACAAGAUCAUUACCAUGUCGUCUCUCUUGAAAACGUACGAAGAGUGUUCAGAGCCGAGAACAGUGCUAAUCGAAGGAAAACCUGGUAUGGGUAAAACUACUUACUGUAAAAAGUUUGUUUACGACUGGGCUACAAAAAAACAGAACCCCCACGAUUGCGUCUUAAACAUGAAAGUAGUUUUGUUCCUUAAAUGUCGUGAUGUCAAGUCCGAUAUUUGGGAAGCCAUUGAUGAUCAGCUCCUGCCCCGAGAUAUCGACGACAACGCUAAAGAGCAAUUUUUCCAAUUUAUUCGUGCCAACCAAUCCAGAAUUUUAAUGAUAUUAGAUGGAUUGGAUGAAUUACCUUCCAGUAAAGUGCCGGUUAUUUCAGAAUUAAUUGUGGGAAGAGUGCUUCCAAAGUGUUACAUUGUAGCUACAGCACGACACGAAGUUGGAAGAAAGGUAAGAAAAUGCUGUGACACUUUGCUUGAGGUCGAAGGAUUUACAGAAGCACAAGCCAGAAAAUUUAUCGCAAAGUACUUUAAGGAAAAGUCGGAAUUAGCUGAAAACCUCUCGGCACGAAUAUCCCGCGAUAAAAACAUUAAAGAAAUGUGUGCAAAUCCUUUGAACACGGCACUGCUUUGCCUUUUGUGUGAAGAAUUCGCUGGUACGCUUGCGGAAAAUAGAACUAAGCUCUAUUUGAAUAUGAUUGAAUGUGUCUUGAGAAGAUAUAGGAAAAAGGCAAAACUAACUGAUACAGAAGAAGAUCUUACAAACCUUUACAAGUUGCAUUUGAGAACCCUUGGAUUGAUAGCGUUGAAUGGUUUGAUUGAAGACAAGUUGGAUUUUGAGGAGAAGGAAUUAGGAAAGCAUGCAAGUGAACUGGCUGCAUUUGGAUUUCUGUCAGUUCAUCCCGGAUGUAGUAAACUGAGACCGAGUCUGCGUUAUGCGUUUCUACACAAAAGCUUUCAGGAAUGCUUUGCAGCAUUCUACAUCUGUUGUGAGAUUCAAGAUAAACGAAUAAAACCCGAAGAAUUAGUUUCCAAUGACAGAUAUUUUAGUAACCUGAAACAGGUGCUAUUGUUUUCGUGCGGCAUUUUAGCAGAACAGUCCAAUCAAGAGGCUGCAGCUCUUGUCUCGAAUAUUGGAAACCGGGUUAAGAAUUUCACCGAAAACUACAGUUGGGGUUUGAGAGUUGUAUUGGAAGCAAUCAAGGAAUGUGAAAGAAAGAAAGAUGACUUUCACCUACAGUUAGCGAGACGUUUUGGAUCUAGCAUGACCCAAAAAUUUCUCAAUAUCCAGGGGCGUUACCUAGUUAUGGACCUGACUGCAAUCUUCUGUGAGGCAAUCAAAGUCAACGAGAGCCUGAUAUACCUGGAUUUAUCUCGAAAUGAUUUUCGUGAUGCCGGUGUUACAUCUGUUGCUGAGGCAAUCAAGGUCAACAAGACCCUGGCCAAUUUGGACCUUUCUUUUAAUCCUAUUAAUGAUGCCUGUGCUAAAUCUAUUGCUGAGGCAAUCAAAGUCAACAACACUCUGACCAAAUUGAAUUUGUCCUACGGUGCUAUUAGCGAUGACGGUGCUACCGCUAUUGCUGAGGCAAUCAAAGUCAACAACACUUUGACCAAUUUGGGUUUGUCCGGGAAUCCGAUUAGUGAUGCCGGUGCUACAUCUAUUGCUGAGGCAAUCAUAGUCAACAAGACUCUAACCAACUUGGAUUUGUCCGGAAAUCCGAUUAGUGAUGCCGGGGCUACAUCUAUUGCUGAGACAAUCAAAGUCAACAAGACUCUGACCAACUUGGGUUUGUCCGGUAACCAGAUUAGUGAUGUCGGUGUUAAAUCUAUUGCAGAGGCAAUCAAAGUCAACAACACUCUGACCAAUUUGGGUUUGUCCGGCAAUCAGAUUUGUGAUGCCGGUGCUAAGUCUAUUGCUGAGGCAAUCAAAGUCAACAACACUCUGACCAAUUUGGUUUUAUCUGGGAAUCAGAUAAGUGAUGCCGGUGCUACAUCCAUUGCCAAGGCAAUAAAAUUCAAUAAGACUCUGACCAAUUUGGGUUUGUCCGUGAAUCAGAUUAGUGAUGCCAGUGCUUCAUCUAUUGCUGAUGCAGUCAAAGUCAACAAGACUCUGACCAAUUUGCAUUUGUCUUUCAAUCCAAUUAGUGACGUUGGUGCUAAAUCUAUUGCUGAUGCAGUCAAAGUCAACAAGACUCUGACUUAUUUGAGUUUGUUUGGGAAUCAGAUAAGUAGUGCCACUGCUUUAUCAACCCGACUAUAACUGAUAUUAACAGCAUUUUUUGACAAAUAUUAUUUUUGGUACCGGUUCUACUCUAAAUGAUACGUUAACGGUAGUCCCUCGCGGAAAAAGCGUUAACGCGCUAUUUGCGGUGCAACCACUGUAAGCUAUCAUUUUAAGAAGGCUAGGAUAUAAUGCGCGCUGUUGAAAGGGCGUGCUCUGUCGGAGUACAGAACAUCGAGCUGAGUCAAAGCUGUCACGCCAUCUGCAAUUUUGUUCUUUGAGAAGUUCUUUUUCGUUAAUUGAAAGUGAAAUUUUGGAAUGUGCGAGUAUGCAAGUAGCAACAGAAGAAACACACGUUGAGAGUUGGUAAUCGUUUUAAGGUCUCAGUUAUUGAAAUGCAAUGCUGUACAUCCUUAGGAUGGGCAAUUCAACAUUUGGAAAUUAAACCCUAUUGUUAUUCGCUCUGUCAAAGGGCUAACACUCGGAAUGCCAGCUCAAGAAACUUUUCAAGUGGUCAGUUUACAUUAUCGACUUGGUUGAUAAAAUUGUAAGUCUAAGAAUCUCCUCAAGUUGAACAAUCAAACGAAUUUAUGUAAACACAAAUGGA